UCUUCAUCAGUUCUUUGUUUGCUUACAACUUGUUCCAAGCUUUUCUUUUCGGAAAGAGAAAAUGAAUAAUGGAUUCUCCCACAAACUCAAACUUUAAACUCGAAACUCUAUAACAUUAAUUGUCCAUCAGAUCCUCAUUAAAGAACAAGAACAAGUAAAUUUGUCAAAAUUGAACACUACAGUGGAUAAAGUAUGGGAAGCUGCUUUCCUAAUGGAUGAUAUUCCAGAACCACAUAAUACAGGAGAAGAGCCACCACCAUGGAGGAGGAGUAAACAAUUUUUGUGUCUAUCAUAGAUUCCAUGGUCACACAACCAGCAACUGCAGAAAUGUGAGGAAGAUUAUAUUGUGAAUGAUCGAGCAGGGGAAGUUGGACCACUUCCUACUAAAUCAACCAGGAAAUUUACCACCACCACCAUCUCAAGGAAAUAAAUACGGGAAGGAACAAGAUAGGAAUACAUUUGUUAUUGAGGUGGGAGCGAAAGCAAAGAAUCUAUUCUGUAACUCGAUCAUACAUUCAUUCAAAAACAUAGAAGAUUUUCAUGAUAAUGUCUUAAGUCGAGUAUAUGCAAGAUAUGAUGAAGGAAGGGAAAUUUUCAACCUGGAAAAAAUACCAUCUUUGAAGGGCUGGCAAAGGCAGAAAAUUUCGUUCAGCGCAGAUGAAGUUCCAGAAGGAAAAGCGUCACAUGAGUGCCCGUCGGUGGUAAGAUUGGGAAUUAACCCAAAACCGUUAGAAGAAGAUGAAGAAGAAAAUGAGAAAAACACCUGGGCGAUAAAUAGAAUUCUUAUAUACACUGGAAUUUCUGUGGAUAUUCUGUUUUAUCACACAUACAAAAUAAUGGGUGGAAGAGAUGAUGAAUUGAUCCCCUCAACAUACAAAAUCUAUGGUUUUAAUGAAUCUGCGAACAAACCAAAAGGGGAGGUGACUAUGAGAAUUCUUCUACAAAGCUUACCAACAGAUAUCACAUUCUGUGUAGUGGAUGUUGAAUCACCAUAUAAUGCUCUAAUUGGAAGACCAUGGCUGCAUGGUAUACUAGCUGUUGCAUCAACAUUUCAUCAGUGCUUCAAGUUUUCUCUACCACAGGGUGUUGGAAUUGUAAGAGGAGACACAGUUGAAAGUAAAAGUUGUCAAGAAAUUGAUAUUGAUAGAUGUGAAGAAAGGGAAUCCAAGCGAAGAAAUUGGCAAAAGAAUGCAGCAGAUAGUAAAAGAGCAGAGAGAUUAAUGGUUGAUGUCUGAGGAAGUAUAUAAAGUUGAGUAACAAGUAUGUGAAGUGAUGAAGUUCAUUUGUUAGAUGGUAAUGUUUAACAUCAAGAAUCAACAGGAGGAAAGGAAACAAAAUUCGAUGGAAAGUUCAUGGUGGAAGAAAAUUAGUAGAAGAAAUCAAUAACCGAAGCAGUAAAAAUGGAUAAUAAAAGAUGAAGAUGAAUAGCAACAAGAGUAACAAAAUUAGUGGAGACAAAACAUCAUAAGGUGGAAGGCACAAGGAUGUUUGCACAAUGCCAGUCGAAUGAUUAUAAACAUAUGCGAAUUUCGGAAGAAUCAAAAAUAAAGAAGACAAAUGCGUAUAAUGAAUGUGUAUGAUUUUCUUUGAGCAACA